AAAAACGAAACGAUAAAAUAAAAAGAAUACUAAAGUAUAAUUAAAAGUAAAAUAAGGUAUUACCAGCAAAGUGCAUUUGCCUAAUGGAAGUGUCAAAUGGCGACUGUGCCAUUGAGUGUGUGUGUGUGUUUGUGUGUGUUUGUGCGAACAACUAAAUAAUGCACAAGUGUAGGAGAAAUAUUUUAAACAAUUAGCAUAUCAAUGCUCGUAGUAUGAUCCCCGAUGCCCCCAACUAAUUGGUCUAAAAUGUGUGCAAAGCCUAAUUCAUAUUGCAUGACAGAAUGCUAUCGUUUCUCGUGUUGUUGUUAUUUGUGUUGCUGAUGACCUGUUUGCAUAUGAAAAUGUCUCCAUUUACAAACAAUUGCCAUGCAAACAAAUGUGAAAAGUUAUUGAUUCGUUUGUAAAUAAAAUUGAAAGUGCUAAAGCUAAGUUGUGCCAAAACAAUAUACACAUACAUAUACAUAAGUAUGUGCAUAUGUGCAUCAAACUUAAAAAGCCAACAAAAACAAAGCCCAUUUACCGCCCCAUUUACACAUAUUGCUAGUGCGUGCAAUUUUUAGUCGAUUUCAAUUACAUUUUACUAUUUGCCAAAUAAUUUGCAAUGCAAUAAAAACAGCAACAACAAUGGCAGAAUCAAUUUUAUGCAAAUUUAUAUUUGCAAUAUUUCUGCUAAUAGUGCAGCAAAAUAUUAGCGCUGCCCUGCUGCUCAAAUGUCCGCUGCAUCUGUUGCAGUUGCAAAAAAUCGUCGGAUUUCGACCGCCGCUCGACUACCUCAGUGCUCGGAAUUUGAUUUACGCGCCGCCAACUGCCAGCAAUUUCAAAGAUCGUAAUCGGCGCAGUGGGGCGCCCAACCCCUACCAGGAUGAGGACUACCACAGUCGGGACGAGAACGAGCCGCCGGCAAGUGAGCUGUGCUGGCGCAGUUGUAAUGAGGAUCCGGACUGCAUUGCCUACGUCCAUCUGCUGGAUACGAACGAGUGCUACGGCUACUCAUAUUUUGAGCGGACAGCGCGAUAUUUGGCCAUUUCUGAUGAACUGGCUCUGGUGGCGGAUGCAGAGGCCGUGUUCUACGAAAAAACUUGCCUGAGAGUUCCUGAUGCGUGCAAAGGUCGCCGCUGGGCCUUGACGAAAAUCCCAGGCAGCAGUCUGGUGUUUCAGAGCAAAAAGACCAUUUCGACGCUGGUCACGCGUCGUGAGUGCGCCGAAAAGUGUUUCUUCGAAAGCGAAUUCAAAUGCCUGUCCGCCUCGUUUGCGCCAUCGUAUCGGAACAAUCGUGCCAGAUUCCGACAAGAUGGACGAGCACGGCCUCCGCCGCACAUUACGCUCGGCCGUUGCAUGCUGAGCGACAGGGACAAGACCAUACAGCCGGAUGCUUUUCGGACCGCACCCUACGAUGAGGAAUACAUGGAGAAUCAAUGCUAUGAGCGCGCCAUUGAGAACGACAAUUGCGCCUAUGAGCUGUAUGCGAACAGCAGCUUCAUCUACGCGGAAGCCAGAUAUUUGGGCCUAACCCAGAAAGAGUGCCAGGCGCUGUGCUCCCACGAGUCCAAGUUCUAUUGCCAAGGCAUCUCCUUCUACUAUGUGAAUCAACUGACCCGUUCCGAGUGUCUGCUGCAUUCGGAGGAUAUUGUGUCGCUGGGACCACGCAGUUUAAAGCUGCGUGAUAAUUCCGUGUACAUGCGGCGCGUCAAGUGCUUGGAUGUGAAGGUUGUGUGUACUCGGGACGAGAUGAGCAUCAAGUAUAGGCCGCGGGAUUGGUUUGUGGGUAACAUGUAUGCCAGCAUGCACUCGAAGGAUUGUCUGGCGAGAGGAACGGGUAAUGACAGUGUCGUGCUACGCCUGCAAAUCGGCAGCGAGGCAAAGGAGAACCGCUGUGGCGUCCUGAGAGCCUACGAGAUGACCAAAGCCUUCCAAAGAACUUUUAUUUCCGCGUUGGUGGUAAUACAGAACAAUCCAAAUGUACAAACUCAAGGCGACCGGCUUAUCAAGGUGGGCUGUAUUCUAAGCAAUGCCACAAACACAUUGAGGGCAGUUGCUCGUGGAGGUGACAGCAGUGUGGACGCCACGGAGCAUAUACCCAAUGCCAUAGCCCUAGAGUCUUCUAUGGAAUAUUCAGAGCACAUGUUUCCUUAUGAGGGAGUAGUUCAUUACAACAGCAGCGAUGCCCCGCAUCCACAACCAAAAAUUACUCUUCAAAUAGUCGAUUUAUCCCACCAACAUGAAAUGAACGAUGUGCAAAUUGGCCAAAACUUGGAGCUACAAAUCGUCGCCGAGUAUAGCCCUCAUCAACUGGCGCAGCAUAUGGAGCUAGAACUAGCACCGUUGCCGGACUUUAGUGCCAGCUCGCUGGUGGCCAAGACGCAGGAUAAUCAGAACUAUGUUCUCUUGAUCGACGACCGUGGCUGUCCCACGGACGUAAGUGUUUUUCCAGCACUCACGCGCGUUCGCACCCACUCCAAAAAUAUGCUGCGGGCCCGCUUUCAUGCCUUUAAGUUCUCGGGCACUUCCAAUGUAAAUUUUGAUGUGAAGAUACGGUUCUGUGGAAAUAAAUGCGCGCCCAACAAUUGCCUGCAUUACGGAGCUGAUGAUCACGUAAAUCAGCGUUGGCGACGACGCCGGCGUCAAGCUUUGGACCAACCGGUGCUCACAAAAGUGCAGAAUCCUGUAUACAUCUCCACAGUCGUCGAUGUGGUGCCCGAGGCACCGCUAAGUAACGACAGCGCCUCAGGACAAGUGGGUCAACAGUCGGAACUGCCUCUGAAUUACAAUCUGCGUGUGCAUGGCCCUGACCAGACCAACAGCAACAGUUAUUUAUAUGGCGAGCGUGGCGUCCUGCUCAUUGCCGGCAUUGAUGACCAGCUUCAUCUCGACAAUAUUUGCAUGAAUCAAAGCCUAUUGAUUGCGCUCUUCAUAUUGUGGUUGAUAUUUCAGGUGGCACUACUAUUUGGAUGCGGUAUGGUGCUACAGCGGUAUCGGAGGUUGGCCAAGCUGGAGGAGGAACGGCGGCGGCUGCACGAGGAGUAUUUAGAGGCUAGAAGAGUGCAUUGGGCAGAUCAGGGCGGCUAUACGCUAUAGAGUUAAUAACAUUUGUUCAUAUAAAAAUCAUUUUAAUUUAAUAAACUACUGUCCAUCUAAACAAA